AUGGAGCGCGGCGCGUUUGCGCGGCCAGCCAACUUUGGGGAGGCGUCUGCGCGGCUGCGCAAGAACGCGGCUUACUUCCGCAUCAACUACCUCAUCGUGCUGCUGGCCUCGGUGGCGCUGGGCUUCCUGAUGCACCCCUCGUCGCUGUUUGUGCUGGGCGCGCUGCUUAUCGGCUGGGUGUACGUGUUUGCGGUGCGGUCGGGGCCCCUGGUCAUCAACGGCCGCGAGCUCAGUGAGCGGGAGAAGGUGAUGGCGAUGUCGGCGCUGUCGUUCGUAGUCAUCUUCUUCCUCACCAAGUGA